AUGGUUUCAGAUGGUGACAGCAAGGCUUUCAGUGCUGUGGAGGACACUUAUGAUGGAAUUAAAGUAGAAAAAAUGGAUUGUGUUGGCCAUGUCCAGACACUUAUGGGGAAGCACUUAAUGAACUUGAAAGCAACCACAAAAGGAAAACUUGAAGAUGGAAAGACCAUUGGAGGACACGGUCGACUAACUGAAGAGAAGAUAAAACAAAUUCAACGAUAUUAUGGAUUAGGUGCUGGUGCUAAUCCAACUGAAAAGGAUGUUGCUGUAUAUACAAUGAAGAAAAACAUCAUUGCAAUUUCACAUCACUGUGUAAAAUCCGAAGACAGAGAAAAGCAACAAUAG